GUCUGAUCGAUGUGCACGUCCACCUGCGGGAGCCCGGGGCCGAACACAAGGAGGACUUCUCCUCCGGUACGGCUGCUGCUCUGGCAGGAGGUUUCACCAUGGUGUGUGCCAUGCCCAACACCUCCCCCGCCAUCACCGACGCCAACACUCUGGCCCUCGUACAGAAGCUGGCCAAAGCGGGCUGCCGCUGUGACUACGCUCUGUACCUCGGCGCUGCUUCAGAUAACGCCGCCAUCCUGCCGUCCAUCGCCAGCCAGGCGGUGGGUCUGAAGAUGUAUCUGAACGACACGUACUCCACUCUCAAGAUGGACAACGUGGCUCUCUGGAUGGAGCACUUUGAGAAGUGGCCGAAGCAGUAUCCCAUCGUGGCUCACGCUGAGAAGCAGACGGUGGCUGCCAUCCUGAUGGUGGCUCAGCUCUACCAGCGGCCCGUCCACAUCUGCCACAUCGCCAAGAAGGAGGAG